UGAUGGAUGACUAAAUUACCAAAGAGGAGUUUUCAUCAUGAGGACAAAGCUUUCGAAUAGCCUACUCGAUAUUGGGGAAAUAUGUAGACUACGAACGGGUCGGAAUGCAUUGCAGGGGUUGUCUCAAGCUGUGGGGGUCAUACGUUCCAGCAGUGUUCUGAGCAAAGGAUGAAGUUAAAGAGGAGCGAGCCUAACCGUGAAUAUUCUACUACGGCUAACCAGCAAACUACAUUGUUAUGAAUGGUCCACACAUUAUGCGGUAUUUAAGUAGGUUAUGCUUUGCGGUUUGAUUACUUGGUGGCAUCUUUCAGCCUUUUAAUGAGUAAAGAUUAUGCUUAGCUGAAUAUGAAAUGUAUAUUUUUUUCUGGUGCAUUUCUACCUAAAAAGCUUGACAUAUGCGAUUUUUUUCUUAAUUUCGUUUAUUUGAGUGAUUGCAGUAUCCGUUAUUUGGAUGUACGGUAGUGGAUAUUGGUACAGCAACAUGUUAUAGGAAGCCUGGGUUAUUGACAAAAGCAAGUGGAAUCAUCACGGGCUGCCAACUGCAGGGACCUCCACUUUUGAAUUGAACGAUGACUGGACCCAACGCCACUAGCACUUGUUCAUCUGCAGCUAAGAUGGGGAGGCACCGAUCCAAAAGUACCAGUGGCAGUACGUAUUGCAACUCGAGCCCGGGUGCUGAAUCUGCCACCCUUAGCACCCCCAACAACGCUGGACGUUCAUCGGGAGAAGAAGAUGAGAAAGAUGGGGGUGUGCUCUUUUACGUGAACAGAACUGGUUUUCCCAUUGAGGGUGUCACUUGGGAGAGGAUGUGGACUCAUGUAGCCAAAGUACACCCCGAUGGACAAGACAUGGUCAGCAAGAUAAGGAAUUCUGCAUACCUUCCCAAACACCCUGUGCCAUCGGUCCCCAACUUCAAGCCCUCCAUGUCUGUCCCUGCCUGGCUGCUGGCCAUCCAGAACUACAUGAAGACACUGCAAUACAAUCACACAGGAACUCAGUUCUUUGAGAUAAGGAAAACCAGACCAUUGUGUGGGUUGAUGGAGACUGCGAGAGAAAUGAUCAGGGAAUCUCUUCCAAUCAAAUGCCUUGAAGCUGUCAUCCUUGGAAUAUACCUGACCAACGGGCUGACGUCGGUGGAGCGGUUCCCCAUCAGCUUCAAGACCCAGUUCUCAGGGAACCACUUCCACCACGUGGUGCUGGGCGUCUACUGCAACGGACGCUAUGGUACGCUGGGCAUGAGCCGCCGCCAAGACCUCAUGGACAAGGCCCUGACCUUCCGCACGCUCAGCGAGCUGGUGAUGGAGUUCGAGGACUCGUACCGCCGCUACCAGCACACGCUGAAGAAGGUGAAGAUCGGCCUGUACGUGCCCCACGACCCGCACGUCUUCCAGCCCAUCGAGUGGAAGUACCUGGUGCUCAACGCCGCCCGCCUAGGGAGAGAGGACAUGAGGAAGGAGCUGGAGAAACAUGGCCGAGACAUGAGGAUGAAGAUCCUGAAGUCAUCGAGUGCCCAGUCUCCCAUCAAAGAACGGACCAGAGGCAAGUCUCUCUCCCCCCACCGCCGACAGAGCAGCCCCCAAAGACGCCACAUCCACCGGAGAGACAAGUCACCUGCAGCUCUGGAUCGAAAGCCUGCGGAACUCAGUACUUUGAAUGACGGCUACCAGAUCCGCAUCUGAGACUCAUUCUCCUGGUGUCCGCGACUCCCUACCCCCAUCCCACCCUCUCCUGUCCAUGGUGCUUCUUUCAUGCACUCUGACCCCCCCCCCCCCC